CUCUGUUAGGUAGGGAAACCUUGCUGCUAAUUUCUCCUAUUUUCAUAAUUAUGUAUGCUCUCGAUGUCUGCUCUUCUCCCGAAGCUUUCCUGGAACCUGGGCUCCCAAAGACGCAGCGCUGGAGCAGAUGGAUAAUGGAGACUGGGGCUAUAUGAUGACUGACCCAGUCACAUUAAAUGUAGGUGGACACUUGUACACAACGUCUCUUACCACAUUGACGCGUUAUCCAGAUUCCAUGCUUGGAGCUAUGUUUGGGGGGGACUUCCCCACAGCGCGGGACCCUCAAGGCAAUUACUUCAUUGAUCGAGAUGGACCUCUUUUCCGUUAUGUCCUCAACUUCUUGAGAACUUCAGAGUUGACCUUACCCCUGGAUUUUAAGGAAUUUGAUCUGCUUCGAAAAGAAGCAGAUUUUUAUCAGAUUGAGCCCUUGAUCCAGUGUCUCAAUGACCCUAAGCCUUUGUAUCCUAUGGAUACUUUUGAAGAAGUUGUGGAGCUGUCGAGUACUCGGAAGCUUUCUAAGUAUUCCAAUCCAGUGGCUGUCAUCAUAACCCAAUUAACCAUCACCACCAAGGUUCACUCCCUGCUAGAGGGCAUCUCAAACUAUUUUACCAAGUGGAAUAAGCACAUGAUGGACACCAGAGACUGCCAGGUUUCCUUUACUUUUGGACCCUGCGAUUACCACCAAGAAGUUUCUCUUCGGGUGCAUCUGAUGGAAUACAUUACAAAACAAGGUUUUACAAUCCGCAACACGCGAGUGCAUCACAUGAGUGAGCGGGCCAACGAGAACACAGUGGAACACAACUGGACUUUCUGUCGACUGGCCCGCAAGACAGAUGACUGAGCUCCAUCCAGCCUGGGAGAAGUUCCUGGAAAUGGACUUCCAGGAAAUGGAAGAGACGGAUCUUGUUUUAAAUUACAGAGUGGGAUUUUUUUUUUUUAAAUAUUUGUAUUUAUUUGAAGGCAUUGAGGACCAGGAAGGAAGUUUUGUGCUUUAGCAGACUCCUCCAUGUAUUAUCUCCUCCACCUUGAGUAUGCAUGUGCCUGUUCAGUCUCCAGAUACCUUUUUUAUAAAAAGAAAUCUGAAAAUCAUUAUGGUAUAUAACCUACCCUUUAACAGAGCUUUGUUUUAUUACAGUGCUAAAAUGAUUUCUGAUUAAAUGGUCCCUCACUCAACUAGGAUGUUAAAACAUACAGUACUGAAAGGAUAAGCAGAGUACUUGUGAUGCCUUUGGGAAAAAUCAAAACAUGUAGGAUGACUUAGUUUCCAAACCAAUAAGCAGUAUUGUGAUAUUAAAAGAAAACUAUUCCAAUCAUUUAAAAGUACUUGUUAAGUACUGCUUUUUACAGUUAUGACAACUGUUUCUUUCUAUGCAUAUAAAUCAAGCAACCAAAUAUCUGUAGCCAUGGAAAUGUCUGAAUAGAAAUAUUUAUAUUCGAUUCUGAAUACAAAAUGUCCCUGUGGUAGAAAUCUUUACUUUUUAUGCCUGGUGCAGUAUAAUUCUCAAGCGUACUGUUUACCAGGAAAAAGUUAAUAAAAAGUGAAAU